GUCGCUAUUGGUCGGCGUUGAUGUCGCUCAGCGCCGGGCGCCUUCCGGGUUGUGGCGGAGGAGCGGCGGGCGCCGCAGCAUGAGGAGAGUGACGCUGUUCGUCAAUGGCACCGCCCGCAACGGGAAGGUUGUGGCUGUGUAUGGGACUCUCUCAGAUUUGCUGUCUGUGGCCAGUAAUAAGCUGGGAAUAAAAGCCACCAGUGUUUACAAUGGCAAAGGUGGACUCAUUGAUGAUAUUGCUUUGAUUAGGGAUGAUGAUGUUUUGUUUGUCUGUGAAGGGGAACCAUUUAUUGAUCCUCAGACUGAUGGGAGACCUCAUGAAGAGCUGACAGGGUCACACACAGAUUGGUUAACACUCAAUGUUGGAGGCAGAUACUUUACCACUACAAGGAGCACUUUGGUUAAUAAAGAACCUGACAGUAUGUUGGCCCACAUGUUUAAAGAUAAAGAUGCUUGGGGAAAUAAGCAGGAUCACAGAGGAGCAUUCCUGAUUGACCGCAGCCCAGAGUAUUUUGAGCCAAUUCUCAACUAUUUGCGUCACGGGCAGCUGAUUGUCAAUGAUGGCAUUAAUUUGCUGGGUGUUCUGGAAGAAGCCAGGUUUUUUGGUAUCGAUUCCCUAAUUGAACACCUAGAAAUAGCUAUUAAGAACUCCCAGCCAGCUGAGGAUCAUUCUCCCAUAUCUCGGAAGGAAUUUGUCCGGUUCCUGCUGGCAACGCCAACCAAGUCUGAGCUGAGGUGUCAGGGUCUGAAUUUCAGUGGAGCAGAUCUGUCACGUCUGGAUCUUCGAUACAUAAACUUCAAGAUGGCAAACCUGAGCCGCUGCAACCUGGCACAUGCCAACCUCUGCUGUGCCAAUCUUGAAAGAGCUGACCUCUCUGGAUCUGUGCUGGAUUGUGCAAACCUUCAAGGGGUAAAGAUGCUGUGUUCCAAUGCAGAAGGAGCAUCUCUAAAAGGGUGCAAUUUUGAAGACCCAUCAGGCCUUAAAGCUAAUCUGGAAGGUGCUAACCUGAAAGGUGUUGACAUGGAAGGCAGUCAGAUGACAGGAAUUAACCUGAGAGUUGCAACACUGAAGAAUGCAAAACUAAAAAACUGUAAUCUUAGAGGAGCAACUUUGGCAGGAACUGAUUUGGAAAAUUGUGAUCUCUCAGGCUGUGACCUGCAAGAAGCUAAUUUGAGGGGAUCUAAUGUAAAAGGAGCCAUCUUUGAAGAGAUGCUGACACCUUUGCACAUGUCUCAGAGUGUCAGAUAGGGAAGACAACAUGCUGAAGAGGAAGGAAUCAAAACAUUUCUUGUGACUUCACCUCCUCCUUAUUACAUUAGAAGUACUGGUUAUUAGACAACUUACAUUUACAGUAGUGCCUAAGUAAAUUCUUUGAUCACUUGUGGGGGGGAAGGAGCUUUUGUUUAAGAGGCAGAAGCAGAGUUUCUGCCUUUUUGAACAGAGUGAGGAAGGGGGCUGGUUCUAGAACCAGAAGGUGUGGCCUGUUUUGAGGGAGGGUUAAAUAGAUUCAUUGUUUAGCAUUGCCUCACUUUGGAAUGCAUUUUAAUUUAUAAAGCACAAUAUAUGCAAUUCUAUUUAUUAAAUCUGUAGCUGCAAUAUGAAUAGAUAAUGUUAUUCAUGUAUAGUAGCAAUGAAGUUCAGGUUUACAGUUAGACUGGUGUAUUUACAGUUAGUUUCUUCAUCCAUGCAGUGUAUCAAAUGACAGAUGUGGUUUAGACAAUGUCCACAGGAUGUUUUCAGGUACUCUUUUUUUCUGGGGUGAAAAACAGUAGCUAACUGGCAUCAUAGGUAAUACAUUGCCUUGGAAUAGUUUGAAUGCAGGUGUAGAACAGCUUUAUCAUCUUCUCAGAUGUCUGGUGGAAGCUGCUUCCACUGAAGGCAUCUGCUUCCACAGCAGAUUCAGUUACAACUAAAAUAUCCCUGUUCAGAAACUGGAUGUCUUAUUAAAACCUGGCCAAAUUAGUAUGAAAUUGCACUAUCUCAGCUGGUAAAAAAAGUCUCUGGCUUUCACAUCCCCCAGUUACUCUAAACUGGAGUACCUGUAGAUUUUUCCUUCUUUCUGGGGAAUUAAAUAUACAUAGGAAAAACCAAUACUGUCACCAAAGUAGAACCAAGCCCUGGAGGCACAGCACAGGCUCUGUCCUCCUGUCAUUACUUAAGUAUAUGAAUAAAUGGCACCUGUUUCCCCUCAAUGUACUAUGCAAAUACUCUUGUACACUGAAUCCUUGAAAGCAGGGACAUUAAAAUCCUUACCCCAGCCAGAUCUUAGUGUUCCAGAUUGGGCCUGCUUCAAAGUGGCUGUAAAAGCAUCUUUCCUAGGGCAGAGUGCCCUUUCCUCAGCUGCUUUACCUGUGAGCAAAUAGGGAACUACUUGACUUCUGCAGUGCAGAAAGCCUCACAGCAUCUUGAAGUGGCAAUGCACUUGAUGUAAUAAGCUGGUUUCCCUGUAGUAUCACUCUAGUUCUCAUCUAACCUUUAUUUUAUACACAAUCAAAAAGCACAUGAAGAAACUAUACCAAAAAAAAA